AUGUCGAAGAAGAAAAACAAGCAAAAGGCAGCGAAUUCCAAUUCCAUUUAUAUACGAUCAUUCAUAUUAUUAUUAUGUGCCUUAGGAAUGGGAUUGUGUGUUUAUACCUUACACGUGGAAAUAUCGAAAGAGAAUGACAAAUCCUACACAGCGUACUGUGAUAUUAGUGAUCUCAUCAGUUGUUCUAGAGUCUUCACAUCCAGGUAUGGUAGAGGAUUUGGGUUAAUAGAUCGAGUGUUAGGGAAAGAUAGUAUAUUGAAUCAACCUAACAGUGUAUUUGGUAUGGCUUUCUAUACAUUCCAGACUAUUCUAGCGUUUAAUUCUGGAUAUGUUGGUAGUGUGGUCCAGCUAGUAGCCUCUAUAAUAUCUAAUAUAGGUUCUGUUUAUUUAGCUUAUAUACUAUAUUUUGUAUUACAAGAUUUCUGUAUUGUAUGUAUUUCUACCUAUGUUGUCAAUUUAUUGUUGUUAUUUGUCUCUAUUGUCAAAUAUAGACGUGCUUUACUUGUCGAAAGCAAGAAAAAGAGAUAG